AUGUCCUGGGCCAAUCUUUACUUGAUCGUCGUCCCCUUCACCCUCAUCGUCAUCUCCGAGCUCGAAAUCGUUACCCUCCCCUUUACCAUUGAGCAAAUAUUGUUUUUUUUUUACGUGAUCCUGCUCCUCGGCUCCGCACUCAAAAUCGUUAUCUGCCACCUCCUCGGACGACCUGAUCCCUGCAACUGCGUCGAGUCCAUGUCGACAGGUACGAUUGUCUUCUCGGCGAGGAAGACUCAGCUAAAGUUGCCGGUGACGGAGUGCUCCAUCUGCUGGGAAGAGUUCAUAGACGGCGACGUUGUGCGGGUGUUGUCGGCGUGCAACCACGGCUUCCACAAGCAAUGCAUUGACAAGUGGCUGAUCCGAAACGAUAGGUGCCCCUACGGCUGCUGCACGAGAUACCAGAAGAGUUCUUGGCAAAAAGAAAUUGAAUUAUAUGCUUUGAAUGGUUAA